GCCAGAACAAAGAGGCACUGGUCUGGGGUGAAAAGUGUCCCCCCAGGUGUAACGACCUGUAAACUUUAAAAACAAGCCACACAAAACAAACAAGAUGGGCAAGAAGAAGCCAGAGCCUCUGGACUUCGUGAAGGAUUUCCAGGAGUACCUGACCCAGCAGACCCACCACGUGAACAUGAUCUCGGGGUCAGUGAGCGGGGACAAGGAGGCAGAGGCUCUUUGGGGAGCUGGGACAGAUGGCGAUCAAAAUGGACUUGACCACCCAUCUGUUGAAGUUUCCCUGGAUGAAAACUCAGGAAUGUUAGUAGAUGGCUUCGAAAGGACCUUCGAUGGGAAGCUCAAGUGUCGUUAUUGCAACUAUGCCAGCAAAGGGACAGCCCGGCUUAUCGAACACAUCAGAAUCCACACAGGUGAAAAACCUCAUAGAUGUCACUUAUGUCCAUUUGCCUCUGCUUACGAGCGUCACCUGGAAGCCCAUAUGCGUUCCCAUACAGGAGAAAAACCAUAUAAAUGUGAAUUGUGUUCCUUCCGCUGAAGCGAUCGAAGUAACCUCUCCCAUCAUCAACGGCACAAGCAGAAGAUGGUACCAAUCAAAGGUGCGAGGUCUUCCUUAAGCAGCAAGAAAAUGUGGGGCGUUUUACAGAAGAAAACAAGCAACCUGGGCUAUAGCAGAAGAGCACUAAUCAACUUAAGUCCGCCUUCCAUGGUGGUUCAGAAGCCAGACUACCUUAACGAUUUCACCCAUGAAAUCCCCAACAUCCAGACGGACUCCUAUGAAAGUAUGGCGAAAAGCACCUCAAUUGGGGGCCUACCCAGGGACCCCCAAGAACUCCUGAUCGACAACCCUCUCAAUCAGCUCUCCACUCUCGCAGGGCAGUUGUCCAGCCUGCCCCCUGAAAACCAGAGCCCCGCCUCCCCCGACGUAGUGCCCAGCCCAGACGAGAAGCCUUUCCUGAUGCAGCAGCCCUGGGCCCAGGCAGUGGUUUCUGCCGUGGCCGCAAGUAUUCCUCAGAGCGCCCCCACCAGCCCCGAGCCUCGGCCGCCCCAGAGCCAGAGGAACUACAGUCCCGUGGCAGAUACAAGCAGCGAACCCAGUGCCCACAUGAGCACCCCGAGCAUAGGAAACAGCCAGCCGAGCACGCCCGCUCCGACCCUGCCGGCCCAGAACCCGCAGCUCCUGCACCACUGCCAGCACUGUGACAUGUACUUUGCCGACAACAUCACCAUUCACAUGGGAUGUCAUGGGUGUGAGAACCCUUUCCAGGGCAACAUCUGCGGAUGCAAAUGUAAAAACAAGUACGACUUCGCCUGUCAUUUUGCAAGAGGGCAGCAUAACCAGCACUGACCAGGAACAGUGACAUUACUCUAUCCUUGGUUUUGACUUUAUGCAUUUUUUUAGUUUUGUUUAUCGUUGGUUUUUGUUGGUGGGGGGAGGACCCAGCCCUAAUAUGCUAAUUUAAAGUUUAUACAUUAUAUUUAUAGAAAACAACAUUGACAAUAGAAACAAAUGUUUUCCUUUUUUUUCCCAUAAAAGUUUGGUCAGGGUCAUUUAUAUAUUAGAACAAUGAGACACAUUGGUGUCUGUUUUUUCCUUUUAUUUAGACUUUGAUGAUUGAAGUGCAAUCUUAAUCUUACAGGUAUUCAUUGAAACUCCCACGUUUAAGGUCCAUGUAGACUUCAAAGCUUGAUCCUAGUGGUGUUUCACUAUAUACGAAGCUAGAUGUCAUUUCUGCCAUAUUUAAAAAUGGUAGAAUAAAUCACUUUCUCACAAACUUUGUUACAACUUAUUUCCAUGUUUAGCAGAGGAAUUGCCUUUAAAAUUGCUCUUUAGAUAGUUGAAAUACUAUCUAGUUCACUUAGUUUAAGUUGAAUUGGUAGUUUCAACUGGUAGAAGUAAAGCUAUUUCAGUAUAUAGAAAACCUUUC